AUGGGAUGGCAUAUCAUCUUUCGUCAACAACCUAUAUCUGUAGCCUCGAUCAAACAUCGAACUUUAUUCGGAUUCAAUGCACCAAAACCUGCAUUUCCCUUUAAAUCAGCAAAGAAAACAGAACAAUAUGCUGAAAGACGUUUACUGGGUUAUACAGCCGCAGAAAUGUACCAUGUUGUUGUUGACGUAGAAAAAUAUCGUGAAUUUGUUCCUUGGUGUAUUCGAUCGGAUAUACUUAAACCAGUAUAUCCAAAUAUGUUUAAAGCAAAUAUGGAAAUUGGUUUUCAAGUCGUUAAAGAACGUUAUCUAGCUUUAGUUACUCAUCAAAAACCAACGCUAGUUAAAUCUGUUUGUUCUGAUGGUCGUUUAUUUAGUCAUUUAAUAACAGAAUGGCGAUUUUUACCCGGUAUUGAGCAAGAACCUCGGUCAUGUAUCCUCGACUUUUAUGUUUCAUUUGAAUUUCGAUCAGCAUUACAUGCUACAUUAGCACAUAUGUUUUUUGAUGAAGUUGUUCGUCAAAUGGUAUCUGCUUUUCUUAAACGUGCUGAAAAACUUUAUGGAGCAGCAUCAAUGCCAUCAAAACGUCUUCGAUAG